UGAUUUUCGUCAAAAUAUCGAAUUCCCAUUGCCAAGACUUGAAUCUAUUAAGGUUUCCUCCACACUCCUUUCUUGCCUUGACAUGGACUUAUCAACUUGCCCUUUCUGUAAUCUCACAGUUCUCACCCUUGAACUCGAAAGACACGCAAAUAGUCACUUCGACGAUGAAGACAUUUCCAAGGACUUGGAAUUGGCACAAGAAAUUGCCCUUGCCUCCUCAAGUCCACCUUAUUUCCAGGUUGAUGAUGCCAUGCAGUGUGAAACCAGUUCUCGGAAGAAUCAUGAGAAUAGUUUCUUGAAAUGUGAUGCCAAAAAUUGCACACCUGGAGAGGAAGAUCUAACUGGAAAGAUAAGGAUUUUAGCUAGUGUGCAGAUCAAGGAAAACUGCCCUCAGGUUGGACAAGGCUUGAUGGAUUUGUUGAAGAACUGUUUAGAGUUGGAGACUGAAAAGACCACCACUAUUUUGUGUGGUUUUGUUGAUCAUUUUCAAAGCAGCCCUUCAGAGGAUUUUGGGUGGGGUUGUGGGUGGCGUAAUAUCCAGAUGCUUAGUUCUCACUUGCUUAAGCAACAUCAAGAAGCAAGGGAGGUGUUGUAUGGAGGUUCUGGGUUUGUACCUGACAUCCCUUCACUCCAAAGAUGGCUUGAAAUUGCUUGGCAAAGAGGCUUUGAUAAACAGGGCUCGGAAGACUUUGAUCAAGCAAUUUAUGGCAAAAGAAAUUGGAUUGGAACAACAGAAUGUGCUACACUCUUCCGUUCGUUUGGCGUUCGGGCCAGAAUAGUGGACUUUAUAAGCCGUGAAAUAGUCUCUAGGUCUAAUGGAGUCGGGAAUUAUGUCAGCAAGAUAUCACCACAGGUUUAUGGACCAAUGGAUAAAUAUCUGUCCAAAAAGAAAAAUGAUAUAUCUGAGGCUGUUUCUAUUUCGUACGAUGUAAAGGCUAAGCCUAGGGUCCAACAGGCACUCAUUGAUUGGGUGUGGAGUUACUUCUCUGACAAUAAAUUCAAGAAUUCAAGCAAUCAUGGUAUCCUAGUGAGUCAAAAAGCGCCCUUGUACUUCCAGCAUGAUGGCCAUUCAAGAACCAUUGUUGGGAUUCAAAGUAGAUGUCAGAGAAAUGGGUCGAUACAUUACAAUCUAUUGAUCUUAGAUCCAGGUCAUCCAACAGAAUCCAUGGCAAAAUCUCUUAAAGAAAAUGCCGGUUGGCAAAAGCUAGUAAAAAGAGGUGUCCACACCCUGAAGAAGCCAUUGUAUCAGUUGUGUUUUAUUGAUCCUGGAAUUGCCUCUGGGGAAGAGAUGGAAAGACUAAAGAAUCUACAGAGUGUCCGUGUUGAAGUUUAGUCCUAAAAUCUAAAGGAUCUACAAUAUCCAACUUGGAUUUUAGACAAAAAUCUUAAAGGGGUGCUCUUUCCUUACAUGUAACCAUCCUGUGUACUCAGUCAUAGUGGAUAUGAAAUAUAAGUUUAACUGUUUUGCCAUA